CAGAUCUUCUCCCAGAUCUUCCCCCAGAUCUCCCCUCAGAUCUUCCGCCUGAUCUUCUCUAGAUCUUUCUCUGCGAGGUGAUGGCUCCUUAGAGAUGGCAUAACGCCUUGAACGGUUGGCGGGAUUGAUUCCUGGAGGUGGAGCCGCCGCCAGCUGCCGGCGCUGUCGCGCCGGGCAGCAUUUGCCUUUGGGCCCCGCCCCGCACGCGGGCAGACAUCGCCCGCGUGGCGGCGGAGGCGCUGGAUGCUGGAGAGCCUGCCGCCACCGCCGCAAAGGCUGAUUGGAUCACUAGCGAUUUGGAGAUCAUCAUGGCCGUGGCGCCGUUGUAUCCGCUCAUCACGCCGGGGGCCUACCCGGGUCCUGGCCGGCUUCUACAGCAGAUCCUUUGCGGCGGCGUGAAGAUCCACAGCUACCAGCAGGCCGCUGAUGUUGUUCUUGUCAUUGCGCUCACCCUUGAUCUUCAUUUGGGAAUUCCUUCUCGUCUGAUUGAGGACAGUCAUUGGCCCAGCCCCCCCCCCAUAUUUUCUUCGUAAUUGAGUCCUGAUGUUCACCGGGAUUUCCGUCAGAUCUUCUGUUGAAUUUCUGCGGGGUCUUGUGCCAUCGCAUUCAUGAGGGGCCCCCUCCUCCCAGAUAUCCCCGUGGGUUUUCGCCGGGCCACGCAGUCGUGCUGCCCGGGCGAGAAGAACGUGGGUGAGAUUAUUGCUUGGCUCCUCAAUUCCUUCCUGAAUGAUCAGUAUUCCAGCGUGGCCUCCGCGCAUCACGGGGAUUCCGCCCGAUCCACUGGGCCUCGCCGGUUUCUCGUGCAGCUGCGGGUGCUUCAGCUCUCGGAGCCGCGCCUCGGCGCCCCCCCGCUGGCGGUCGACCCGCCCGCGCGGGCUCGCGCGGAUCCCGCUGUAGGCGUUCGACGCCUGAAGCAGAUCAUUGCCGAGAAGUGGCCGGACGGCGGGCCCCGGCAUUUCCGCCGCGGGUGCGAGGCCAUUCGUUUCCAAGCGAUGCUCAUCAAUGUGCUCGCCCGCUCGUUGGCGCAGGCCAGCGAUUGCGCGUGUCGCAACUUGGCGCGGAAUGUCACUGCUGCCCAAGUCUUUUCCUCCAGCUCAUCCUUCUGGGAGGGGGUGCCCAUGUCCGCUCUCGCAGCAGUGGGCCCGGACAGGACAUCUGGGUUCGCCCGGUUGCCGAAGGGGCCCACCGCGGCCGCUCUGCAGGGGCAUUUGGUUUUGGAGCCAAACUUAUUCAAUCGCUCCGUGAUCUCCGCCAGAUCACGUUCGAUAUCUGCGCCCGGAUAUUAUUGCAGAUCUUCCUCUUUCAUUUGUUUUACAUAAUUAUGUUCCUCCAUUUCCUGCCCCAGAUCUCCCUCGUGAUCUUGGCGCAGAUCUUCCUCCUGAUUUCCCCCCGCGCACCUGUGGCUCGCUGGGCCGGAUGAUUUUCUCUAGCUUGGUGCCACUGGACAGGUGAGCGGUUCCAUGGCGCAGGCGCCGCGCCAACAUGGGUUACGGCCAACAUGCCGUCUCUGCGGGAAGUCUUGCAGACUUUCGUGGACGCGCACGGCUUUUCCUGCAGGCCCGUGCGCUUGCUCAAAUACUUUCCGCCACGCGGGCGCCCGCUGCCAUUGCCGACAGCGAAGUGGCGUCGCAGGCGCGCAGCGGAGGCCGUGGACCGCGAAGUUGCGCGGCUCUUCGAAGACGAGGAGGGCGACGCGGACGUCGCUUCCGCCGUGGCUGAGCAGGAAGCAGCGGAGGCGGACGAGCAGCCGCCGAAGCGGCAGAGGAUGCUGGGGAA